AUGUUCUGUUUGCUCAUUGCGAUAGCAGCUGCUGCUGAUUUCAAUGCUUGGAAAUUGGCCAACAAGAAGCAUUUCUCACUUGCUGAGAAUUUGAGAAGACGUGCCAUUUUCAACAAGAAUGCCAAAUUUGUUGAAGCAUUCAACAAACAACACAGCUUCGAGUGUCAG